AUGGCGGACGAGACGAGUAGCGCAGCCAUUCUCCUCCUGCUUCUUCUGCUACAAAUGGUUGCAUACUCUGUCUCGGCUCCCCUCUCCACCAGUUCCAGGUGGAUCAUCGAUCAAAAUUCGGGUAAUCGGGUCAAGCUCCGGUGCGUCAAUUGGGUUUCCCACCUGCAACCCAUGCUUGCCGAAGGGAUCGACAAAAAACCGGUCUCCACAAUCGCCCAAAAGAUCGGCCGGACCGGGUUCAACUGCGUCCGAUUCACCUGGCCGACGUUCAUGUUCACCAGGCCCGAUUACGGCACCCUCACAGUUGCCCAGUCGCUCGACAGAUUCAAUCUGACCAGCGCCAUAAUCGGCAUUGGUAAGAACAAUCCCCAAUUCCUGACCAUGAAAGUCAUCGAAGUCCACAAAGCUGUCGUCGAUGAGCUCGGUAAGAACAACCUGAUGGUGGUCCUCGACAACCAUGUCAGCCUCCCGAAUUGGUGCUGCGGCCCCGACGACAGCAACGGAUUCUUCGGCGACUCCAAUUUCAACCCCGACGAAUGGAUUCAAGGCCUCACCGCCGUCGCAAGAGCUUACAAAGGCAGUCCUGCGGUGGUGGGGAUGAGCCUGAGAAACGAGCUACGUGGCAAAAAUCAAAACGAAGCCGAUUGGUACAAAUAUAUGCAGCAAGGAGCCGAAGCAGUUCAUAAAGAAAACCCUGAUUUUCUUGUCAUCGUCUCGGGGCUUUCUUUCGACACCAAUUUAAGGUUCUUGAAGGACACCCCGUUUCGUGCGAAUGUGGACAACAAGUUAGUGUUCGAAGCCCAUUGGUAUGCAUUCGGGUCGGCUGCAGACCAAUGGGUCACCAGGGCUAACUACAUGUGUGGAAAUGCGAUCCAAAAUGUCCAAAAUAAUUUCCUGUUCUUGACGACGGGUAACAGUCCGUUCCCCCUCUUCCUCAGCGAAUUCGGCAUAGAUCAAAGAGGAAGUAAUCAGGCCGAUAACGGCUAUAUUACCUGCUUGCUGGCGACGGCGGCGGAGGCCGACAUUGAUUGGGCCUUAUGGGCUUUUCAAGGCAGUUAUAUUCUCAGAGAAGGACAGGCUAACUUGGAAGAAUUCUAUGGCGUCAUGGACAUCAAUUGGGCUCGUCCCAGAAACCGUUCUUUCCUCCGGCGCCUGCAGAUCCUCGGACAAGUCAAUCAAGUGCCCAAAUCUUCGAAAGGAACGACGUAUUUAAUGUACCAUCCACAAAGUGGGAAAUGCACGCAGCUUCGGAGGGGCAAAAUUGCCCUACGAAGCUGCAGGACUGGGAGCCGAUGGGAGCAGCACGACGACGGCGGGCCGAUAAAGUUCGCCGGCGGCGGCCGGGCCCGGUGCCUGUCGGUGGCCGGAGAAGGUCAGCCGGCACGUGUUUCGAAUGAUUGCACGAGUAAUGGGAGUAAGUGGAAGUUUGCAUCUGCGUCAGGUCUUCAUCUAGCUGGUGCAGAUGGGGGAGGGAAGUUUCUGUGCCUGGAGAUUAAUGGCAAUGACUCCAUGCUUGUUACCAGAAAAUGUCUGUGUUUAGGAGACGAUCUUGGCGAUGUUCCUAAGUGUGAUGUCGAUCCUCAAGUGCAGUGGUUCAAAUUUGUUCCUACAAAUGUUUGA